GUCAUCCAUAUGGGAUGGGUAAAUGAGAGACUUGAAGGAACCGAUUCAUCUCAGCUCUACAAAUUCAAGUUUCUGGCACUGAAGGGUUCAUCCUUCUACAUUUUCAGCACUCCACCGGUAAGCACACUAGACUGGGUACGAGCUGAAAAAAUCUAUAACCUCUGUGAGGUUCUAUUUAAAAUUCACAAGCUCUGGCUUGCUGAUGAUUGCUGGCUACAAGCAAACUUGUAUUUAGGUAUUCAUCAGGACUUUGAUCUUGAAGACCAGAGGCCAUAUUGUUUCAGUGUUAUGGUUGGACAUGGCAAGAGUCAUUAUUUCAAUGUAGAGCUGGGCAGCGAGUUGGCGGUGUGGGAGAAAUCAUUUCAAAGAGCGAUUUUCUUGGAAGUUCAAAGAACAGGGUCUAAAACAUAUAUGUGCAGUUGGCAAGGGGAUACCCUGUGUUUCACAGUCGACUUUGCUCUGGGAUUUACCUGUUUUGACAGUAAAACAAAGAACGUGCUGUGGAGGUUUAAAUUCUCUCAGCUCAAAGGCUCUUCAGAUGAUGGGAAAACAAGAGUAAAGCUGCUUUUUCAGAAUCUAGAUACCAAACAAAUUGAGACAAAG